AUGAAGGAGACUCUGGCUCAGGCGGAGAUCCCUAGCGACUCAAAUUUUCCGAGAUAUGCGCAUGAAAUUAAUAAGUGCCUACAACUUGCGCUUGAAGGGCGUGGUGCUGGCACGGUUGUGGACUCGUUGGAAGGAGAGCGCCGUUUACCGGUGUGGAAGCAUUCAUUCACACUUUACAUUCCUCUACUCUUUGGAGAAUUGGCUUUCAAUGAAACGGUCUCAGGGGAGAUGUGUUCUGCCUUAGAUAAACUUCCUCAGCAAUCAAUAAGGAUCGGUGAAGGUCUUUUGCUCCGCCGUGCUAGAACGAAAGCGUUGGAUGUAUCCUUUGGUCCAUCUUCUCCGAACGCAAGGGAAAAAUUGGGGGAGCUCGGUCACAUACUUCUGCCCAUUCCGCCGCAUGAAAUUCGUAUCACAGAUGAGUUUAUUAGUCAAACGGCUUGCGGAAGUGAGCUUCUAGCCGCCGCAGACCUUUGUUCUUUGCAUGGCCGGAUGUCUGUCUUGAUCGAGGUAAACAUUCGGGCGGUCCACCAGAACGAACAACGGCAGGAUCUUCGUUGCCUUCCGUUCUGCUUUGAAGUACAAUUUUGGAUAUCUCUUUGCCUCCCGGACAUUUUUCAACCAAGUGAAGCACUUCCUAAGCAUGCCGCGGAAGCACAAGCACGGAUUUUCUCCUUCUUGUUUGUUCCGCAACUGCCAGGGGAGUUGGCGUAUCCGGGCGAAACAAACGUCUCAUUUUUUUUCUCCUGCUUGCAACCAGCUCCCGAACUUCCACCUGACGUGUCCUUACACCACUUACAGCCACCCGCGCUAGAAGUUGCUCUAUACCCAUUCCAACGAAAAUCUGUCUUCUGGAUGCUGCAGCGGGAAGGCAUGACGAUUGAUGGAAAUGGUUGUGCUGUCCCGGCCCCUCUGAGCUGUGGGAAAGUGAAGCCGCUUUUUUGGACUCGUGUUCCAAACCUUGGCCAAGACCUUGUGACCGGGAAAGAGGAACAUUGGUGGUACAACCGUUUGACGGGUGAUUUAAGGAAUGAAACGGGACGUCCAGCGGAGGAAAUUUUUCAAGGUGGGAUUCUUGCAGAAAGUAUGGGUCUUGGGAAAACGGUGGAAGUGAUAGCACUUAUUCUUCACCACCCCGCUACAAGUCGCAAUGAACUUCCCAGCAAAUAUGAUGUGUCCAGCGAUUUUUGGGUGAAACCGGUGAAAGGCACUCUUAUUGUGACCCCGACAUCGUUACAACAACAGUGGAUUGAAGAGAUAGAGACUCACGCUCCGACGCUUCGUCUCCUAGUCUAUGACGGAUGGGCAAAGCUCCGUCUUCCUCAAGAGCACACUACCGAGUCUGUGAUUACAACGCGGCGCAAACGCAAACUGUCUGGCAGUCCAUACACAAAUGAAGCUGUAUCGCAAUGGUUUGAUUAUGCUCAGAUUUUUGACGUCAUUAUUACUACUUACGAUGUAUUGCGCGCUGACCUCUAUGUUGCACGGCCUUCAGUGAAACGCAGCCGACGCAGUAAUGUUGAUUACGCUGAAGCCACUGUUUGUCCUCGUAGCCCAUUGGUCAUCUUAGAAUUCUCUCGCGUCGUUAUGGAUGAAGUUCAGCAAAUUGGAGGCGGAAGAGCCGCCGAGAUGGUGUCACUGGUGCCACGAGUCUCAUCAAUUGCUGUCAGCGGUACGCCUGCAAAAGCGAGUGUUAAGGAUCUGGUCUAUCCAUUGAGAUUCCUCCGAGUCCCUCAGAUAUCGUCCAUGAGGCAGUGGGAAACACUUUUGCAGCCUCAGUGUGCAACCGAGUUUGUAGACCUAUUUGGGGCGGUUGCUGUCCGCACGUCGAAAGGGGCGAUUGCUGAGGAGGCUCCGCUGCCCCCACAAAGAAGGGUGCUAGUGCCGAUUGAGCUUGGGGCCAUCGAGCGCCAUAACUAUCAUGAGAGAUUCCGUUCCGGACUGCUCAACCUUGGUUUGGACGCGCAAGGAAACCUUCCAUCCAUACCCGAACUUGAUUUGGAUAUCGUUCGGCUCCGCGCUUUCAUUCGCGGUUUACGUCAAGCAUGCACUCAUCCUCUUGUUGGUAAUUUGCCCGGCGCUCAUAAUCGCAAUGUCCCCAACGUUAUCCGAUCGAUUCAAGAUGUAUUGAAGGACAUGAUCCAACAGACUCGACGAAGUCUCUUAGAUAGUCGACGGGAGGAGAUACAUGCACUUGUGGGCUACGCGCUCCUUAUCCAGAAGGAUUCCAACGUGGUUGCCCGAAAAAAUGAUGCUCUAAAUCUCCUACUCGAGACGCGUGCAAGAACAGAGAAUUUCAUCAAUGACGUCAAACUCUACAUCCACGAAGAGCUGACCAGACCAGAGGGCGGCGGAACAACUAAUGUCACGGGACACGAGAUUAUUCCGCCAGACUUUGGCACCAGCCAUUCGGAUGAUGAGGAUCUCAUCGACACGUACAUUGACGAGACGGCAGAGGUAAUUGGCCUAGACGAAUCUGCCGGCGCUGAUCCACGAAAGUCCUACCGUCAUGGUUUGUUUCAACGCCUCAGAGAUGCCCGAAUUCUCCUACACAGAAUAAAAUUCUCACUCGGUGACAUUUACCAUGCGAUGGGGGAGAAUGGUCAAGAGGUAGAGAAUUAUGACGCUGCGGAGGUCAUACGACAGUCCAUCCUGAAGCGAGCGGAGGACCGAGCGAAUCGAGCAAUUGAUGAAUUGGCGCAAAGCUCUCGCAAUGGAAUCAGCCGCGCUGAUCUUGUCAUUGAGCCCAACAUGAGUCUUGCCGCUUUCCCGAAAUUGGCUAAGCUUACGGCCGAGACACAAGAUGCCAUAGAUCUCCUUGAUAAACAAGCACAAUUGCUUUGGAAGUGGAGAGAAAAAAUUAUUUCCUUACUCUCUGAACGACUGGGGACCGACAGUUCCCAUUCUGGGCCUGACGGGAACGAAUAUACUCGGAGUUUGGAAGUCCAGGGUCAAGCAGAAAGUUAUCUCCAGUCGUGGGCGGCGUUGCUAGCGGAUAGGAAGGAGGCGCUCAUUGCGGAGCGCACCGCCCUCGCUGCACAUGAAGAUCGUGAGGUUCAGUCUCGGCGCACCAAAAGGGCUAUGGAUGCGGUAGCUAGUGGCACAGCGGAGCAUGAUUUAGAAUCCGCUGAGCAGCCAGAACUAACAAUACAGCUCACAAUCCAGCGGCGCGCCAUGCGCCGUGAUCACACUCGUAUGCCACUCAAGGCGGCAGCAGUGGCGUUCCGUACUCAUGAUGAGAUACCAGGCGUGCUUGAUGAAUCGCUUCGCUUGCACAACGUCAUCGCGACUCAAACAACAUUGAUGAAUGCCCUGGAAAAUGAACUGAGACCCAUUCGCAAGGCAUUCAAUGCUAGGGUUCUGUAUUUUCGGCAACUUCAACAUAUCUCUGACUCAGUCGCAGACGAAGAGUUGCCUGAAGGAAUGGCCAUCCAAACAGCAUGCGAAGAUGCCCGAGAGAAGGCAGAGGAGGCCGCGCAUAAAACCCAAACCCUCCUUGCCAAAUCACGCUACCUGACCCAUUUGGCUACUCAACAGGCCAGUAAUCAGGCGAGUGACGACGAUGAGUGUGUUAUGUGUAAGUCCGAGUUCGAUAAGUCUGUCGGAACCAAGGGAUUCAUGACGAGCUGUGCACACUCAACUAUUGGCCCAAGCACCCUUCAUAGGAUCGCUAGCUAUCAUCACGUUAUACCAUCUGCAACAGAUGCAGGAGUCAUGUCGAAACCCAUACCCAAUAUUCCAUAUAGAAGGAUUGAGAACUCGCUCAUGUCGUCCAUUAAUGCAACCGCUGCUGUGGGGGAUUAUGGCAGUAAAAUUCAGACUCUCGCAAAGCAUAUCUUGAUGAUACAGGAAUCUGACCCAAAGGCGAAGUCCAUUGUGUUUUCCGCUUGGUCGGAUUCCCUCCACAUCAUUUCUCAUGCACUUACAUCCAACGGUAUCCGGCAUUUAAAGAUCGACUCCAGCGCGAAGUCGAAUGCCGUACGCUUAUUUAGCAGUGAUGAAUCCAUCUCCGUGUUAUUACUCCACGGUGAGAGAGACAACGCCGGAUUGAAUAUAAUUGCCGCAAAGUAUGUCUUUCUCCUGGAACCGGUUGUCAAUCAUGCGUUCGAGGUGCAAGCUAUCGCCCGAGUGGAUCGUUUGGGACAGAAUAAAGCGACCUCGGUGUUCUGUUAUUAUGCGGAAGACACCAUCGAAAGAAACAUUCUUGAUCUUGCGUACCGACGUGGACAAUCCCUCUAUGUUGAGGGUGGUAUUGAACUAAACGGCGACAUUGCCAGCGAUGACCAUCGACUAUCCCGAAGUUCACGGAGCAAAUCAAGGGCGUUAGAUAAGGGCGACUCGAUAGCAAGCGUUGAUGACAUGUUGACUCUAUUGUUCCCCGAACUGUAUGGUCUCUUGAACGAGUCUGAGGAAGACCAGCUACGUCGGGGGAUUGUCGCUAGUCUCGGCACCACACAGGAUGAUAGAAGCGAUUGA